GAGACUGAGUGGCACAGAAGAGAGCUCGAAGGAAGGCAAGAUGGCGGAUGUGCUGGAUCUUCACGAGGCUGGGGGCGAGGAUUUCGCCAUGGAUGAGGAUGGGGACGAGAGCAUCCACAAAUUGAAAGAAAAAGCGAAGAAACGAAAGGGCCGCGGCUUUGGCUCUGAAGAGGGGUCUCGAGCGCGGAUGCGUGAGGAUUAUGACAGCGUGGAGCAGGAUGGCGAUGAACCCGGACCACAACGGUCUGUUGAAGGCUGGAUUCUUUUUGUCACAGGAGUCCAUGAAGAAGCCACUGAAGAAGACAUUCACGACAAAUUCGCAGAAUAUGGGGAAAUAAAAAACAUUCACCUCAACCUGGACAGGCGUACAGGAUACCUGAAGGGGUAUACUCUAGUUGAGUAUGAAACGUACAAGGAGGCCCAAGCUGCUAUGGAGGGACUCAAUGGUCAGGAUUUGAUGGGACAGCCGAUCAGUGUGGACUGGUGUUUUGUUCGGGGUCCGCCAAAGGGCAAGAGGAGAGGUGGCCGAAGACGCAGUAGGAGUCCGGACCGGAGACGUCGUUAAGAAGUUCUCUGUUGUUCAGGUGUCCUCUCCAAGGUUUCCAUUUGACCAUGCAGCCUUGGAGAAAUAGGGCUGGGGUGCAGCUGGCUUUGUUUAUAUUUAAUCUCUUACCCUAUCUACUAAGUGUUUCUUUUGAGUUAUGAAUAAAUGUUUCAUUCUGUUUUCUACAUUUAAAAUUGCUUUCCUGUUCUAACAUUGAAAGCUCUGAAGCCCUAUUUACGAUAAGGUGGUAUAGGCCAUUGUGAAUAUACUUCUCCCAGGGACUGAGUGACUUUCUACAUUAGAUAUAGUCUCAGUUGUCAGGUAUGGUUAAAGUAGAGACACUGCUCAGUAUUUCUUUUUCUUGGAAGCUAAGAGUGUAGGGGUAGAGGUGAGACAUUCUUAUGGUAUUUGAGAUAAUCUGUUUCUAUGUACUCUGUUGUGAGCAAAUGGAUGUUAUAGGAAUGUCUCUUUUGUUUCUCCUGCCCUUCUUGAUGUCACAUCUGUUUGUAGGUCCAGCUUUCUGAGGGCUUGAAUCUCUUGUCGGGGCAUUCUCCCAGACCCUUCUUCCCUGGAGGAGUCUAUACUAAGUUCUUGGUGCCCCCUUCGGCAGCCAAGGGUGAAGACCCCGUAGAGGAGAGGAUCCAAAGGAGAACUGAGGAGGCCAAAAAGGAAAAGGAUGUGGCUGAGGCUGGGAGAGACUUCAGUUAGCAUGGUGGGAGAGAACCAAUACCACAGACCCAGUAGGUAAUACGGUGUCCAGCAGAGAAUGAAGGUCGGCCAAUCACAGGGCCUGAAGACAAACAUGGGGGUGAUUGUCUAAGGAGCGGCAGAGAGCAAAUUCACCGGCAGGGGCUGGGAGUUUAGAAAAUAUGCUCAAGUUGAGAACCACUCAGCUUCUGAAGUGAGUAUAGGACGGACUGAUGGAAGGCAGAGAUAGCGAGAUGGAACUCUCCCUCUAUAAGGAGGAGAAUAUUGCAAACCCUCUUCCCCUUCCCAGCCUGAGACUAUAUAAUUCCCCUCCCCCCAGGGAUUAUGACAAACAUUGGAGAAAAUUUUUUUUUUUUUUAAUAGAAGACGACUGGUAAGGGGAUCUUAACCCUUGAUUUGGUGUUGUCAGCACCACAUUCUCCUAAGUGAGCUAACCGGCCAUCCCUAUAUAGGGAUCCGAACCCGUGGCCUGUAUGUUAUCAGCACCACACUCUCCCAAGUGAGCCAUGAGCCAGCCCGAGAAAAUGUUUUGAUUGAGAUGCUGUGUUAUAUGAAGCCACCAAACUUACAUUAAGACUUAAUGGUGUUAAAGAAUAAUAAAGGAGAAUAUUGAUCACCUUUCUACCUAAUCCUUGCCCAGCUAACUCUAUUUGGCUAGAGGCUGUUUAGAAUUGAAGGCAUUCAAUAAAAUGAUUUCUAGCAUCAGGAACUAGAGGUAUGGUUAGUAUCUUAACUUUGAUUUAGUGAUUGACAGAUAACUACCAGGUAGGUAGGUAAUUAAAUGAUGCUAAAAGCAACAGUUCUGGGGAUAAGGAUUAAGGACUGGGACUUGGAGUCUCACCAUGGCUCCCCUUCCUUGUCUGGGCACUGUACACACUGAGGACAAUGCGGCUGUAGCAGACGGCCAUGGCAGUCAGCGGCAGCAGAAAAAGGCAGCAGAAGGUGAAGAGGUUAUAGGUGGUUUCUUACCAUCAAGCCUUGAAGCUGCCUUUGGUGACACACUGAGUGAAGGGGACUGGGCCAGGUUGUUGGACAGUAUGGAACAGGAACAGCUGAAGUGGAAUUUAGGACUAUUAGAAAUGGUUCCCCCAACCUACCCACCCAAUUCUGUCUUCUCCCAAUUCAUCCAUAAUUCCAUGUGGAACAGUGGAGUGUUGGCUAAAGGUUCAUUCAUGGUGCCAUUUAAAAAAGGUUAGAAAUGCAUCUUGAAAAUGCCUAUCUUCCCCUUAUGCUUAAAUAUGGCACUGAUCAUUAAGUUUGUUAAAUCCUGGAACUUGAAAGAAUCCUGCCUUCUUAAGUACUGUUCUAGUAUCGCACCUUAUAAAAGGAUGCUAUCUUUACCCCCUCACCCACAUUUUUAGCUGAAAUGAUUUUCCUGGUUUGUCUGUGAUAAAUUCUGUUGAAAAAGAAAUCUUGUAUAAAAUGGGUGCUACUAAAAUUUCAGGCCGUUUUACAGCCAUUCUGAAGUGACCUUUAGUAGGCUUAUGUACAAUAACUAUAA